UGCACAACUUGAGUUCAUCAAACCAAGGGCUUGUGAGAAAAGAUGGGUUCGCUGGGCAGAACCAAGAACAUGUGCCCCUUUACUGCAGCACUCAAUUCAAGAUUACUGCCAGGGGAACGUCAGAAGAGAAGAAAGUUGAAAAAGCAGGGCAGCAGAAUGAUGAGAGGGUUGACAGCACAGAUGGAAGAGGUUGCUUCGGAACAACAAAGGAGGAAAGAGGAGCAAAGACAACUAAAAGACAAAUUUAAAGCCAUAGAAGCUGAAUGUGACAAACUCCGCAAAGAGACCGCCAUCGUAAUACAGCAGAGUGCCAUCACCCAAAUCCGGCUCGCUCACAUGUUUCAAAUCUUAAGAGCAAGAGAAAAUAGAGACUUUACCAAAGCAGCUCAACUUGCUCAAUCUCUUCGUGAACUUAUAAUGAAACAGAAGGCAUAGUUGGGAGUCUUUGGCGGUGGGUUGCUUCAUUCCGGAGUUGCAAAUAAAUUUCUUUGUUUUAUUCUCAAUUUUUUCACUUUCUUGUUGGAUUUUAGCCAUCGUAGACUGUGGUAGUAAUUUAUAGUUUAUGCAAAUAUAUAUUGAAACAAUAAUCAUUACGUGAAAUU